AUGUCUUCGGCUUCAGCUGUGGCGUGCCGUGAAAUUUUUGACGAAAACAGUCAACCAUCAGCCGAGGAAAUCUCUGAAUAUGCUGCUCAACUGGGUAUUGAUCCUGAAAGUGAGAGUCAUCUACUCCCAUUGGCUCGUGAUGGUCUCAUGCAAGCUCUUCCAGCACCUUGGAAAGCUUAUUUUGAUGACAAGAUACAAUCUCACUACUACUAUAAUGAGGAAACUAAAAAGACACAAUGGGAGCACCCACUAGACAGUGUUUACAAGGAAUUGGUUAAGAAAGCAAGAGAUGCAUCUGUUGUGGAUGAUACUUGUGCUUCUGUACAGGAAAUACCAACAUCUGAGGACUACACUAAGAACUUGGAACGCGUCGAAACCAAAGUUGAAAGCGAUGAAGAACUUAGCACUGACAGUGAAAACCAUGGCUCGGAAGUCAGAGAUAAUCAAACUUUGACAGGAGCAAGACGUCUCACUCCUUUGGGCAGACCACCACCUUCACCGUUAAAUAGACUGGAUAAAAAAGUCAGUGAUACGCGAACAUCACCUUUAAGACGUAGCGUGGAUAGCACACUAUCCAGUAAACCUGGUCUCAUGAGAAAUUCUUCAGACCGCGAUUUGUUUAGUCGGCCAUCGUUCGAAAGGCCAAAGUUACUUUUUAAACAACAGUCAGAGAUUAUUGACUUGAAGAUGCAUGUCUUGAAUAGUCCGGAAGAAGAGAAUUUUAGUCCCUUAUUGAUGGGGACGAAAAUUGAAAAGGGAUUGCCGCUUACAGGCAAAGGCAACAUGUUUCUAAAGGCCUCUAAAUCCGACCUUCCGAGUCCUGAAACAGAAAAGUCAUUUGCCAUGAAUUCUGUUACGAAAAGUGAUCCUCCAAAAGGAAUUCUUAGAGAGAAGCUGUCAGAUGCAUUGCAUAAAAAGGUUGAUAGUAUUUUUGUGGGAAAGAAGCAAGCAGCCAGUUUUGAAGAAGAUCGGAAAAGCGUCAGAUUCAAACUGGAAAACUUGGCUGAACCGACUUUAAGUCCAGGCUCAAACAGUUCAUCCGAACAAAAUGACGGUCAAAGUUCUAUCAUAUCUGCUGCACCUCCAACCGUCCCAUCUCCUAUCAUUCCUUCAUCACCCGUUAUACCUACAUCACCUGUUAUUUCACCCUCUAUUGUUCCUUUAAACCAGAUUGUCUUGACCCCAUUAGCGACCCGCCCCCCAUUGCCACCACGGCCUAAUGAUAGUCCGAGAGAAGUAAAGAGCUUGUCAGGAUCUGAGAGGGACUCUGUAGAUACCUCGUGUUCCUCAGAAAAACUACCGUCACAAAGCAACCCACCAUCUCCAAGCGAUCUGCCGUCACCAGGCGAUCCACCCUCACCCAUUCAAAUUCUAGUACCUACUCCUCUACCAAGAAUUUUAUCUCCAUUGAAACAAAAACCAGAUCCGCUGCCUCCAUUCGACAAUAAGAAAACAUCCACUGUCGACAGUCAUAAAGAUUCAAAUAGUUAUUCUGAUUCUGAUGUUUCAGAAAGUGACAGCCACGCUCCUCGCGGGACUUCGCCACGCCGACGUGUACUGCGGCCCCCUCCUGGUGAUUACAUCAAACCGGAUCUAUUCCAGAAGAAUUUUCAGAAGAUAUCUGACUUAGUGCGUCCGGGUGAUAUAGAUACAAUUCCUGUUAGUUUGGAGGAACCUCUGUUUUUAGAAAAGGAGGCUAGACCAAGAUCACCAAUGAUCCCACAAAAGAGUAAAAUAUCAAUAAAUCUCAUGGAGAGUAUAGAAUCAGAAACAUCAAUAGAUUCCCCUGACAAAGAAUUCGCUAACCUAGAUCUCAAUGAUCUUGACGAGUCCAUUGAUAAAGAAAAACCGAAUGAGAACGUAGAAAAACCAAGUCAACAAGACGACGUCAGUUCCGAGAAAAAGUCCAUAUCCGAUAAACAGCGAUGUGAUAAUGUUCCAAUACCUCAAAUUAAAGUUCCUACUUUAGAUUUCUCGAAGUCCAUUCAAUCGGAUUCGGAUGAGUCUAGAAAAACUUCAAUUGUCGAAGAAUCGAGAUCAAAGUCUCACGAAUUAUCAAUAAAAUCACACGAAGUGUCUUCAAAGUCACCUCAGAUAAAAAUUUCACCGACACCGAGUUUAGGAUCUGAAAUGCGUUCGCCUAGAAUUGACUAUGGUAAACCUUGGAGUCCAUUGUCUACCUUCAAACCUUUAAACAAAACAGUAAUACCUCAGAUAAGAACUUCGGACUCGGCAUCUAGUUUAGGAAGAGGUCUGGCAAGUCCUAGGCUAGACGGAGUUAUUAUCUCUCAAGGAAAAUCUAGCUCUGACAAUGUUGUAGUGGUAUAUCAGUUCGAAACCCAGGAGGAAAAUUAUACAAAGCCAAUUAAAUCUCCUCUCAUUCCCGAUAUGGGGACCAGAGACAUGAUAGAAAGGAACAAAGCAGAUGAGAAAAGAAGACUGGAGUUAGCUUUACAAAAAGAGUUGGAAAGUAUUAGAGUAGAGUGGUCAGGGAGAGAAAAGAAACUAAAGGCGGAAUUACAGGCGGAGUUGAAAGAAGGCGAGGAUAGAUUUCAGACAGAAAAGAGAGUGAGAUUGAAUGAACAAGCGGAAAGACAUCGCAAGGAAAUGGAAGAAGCACUCAGCACUGCGGAAAAUACCCACAAACAGACCUUGGAGAAAGUAACGCUAGAGUUAGCAGAGCGAUGUCAGCGCGAUAUCGAAGCGGCAGAGAAGCAACACAUAGAUAAUAUGAAUAGAUUACAGCAGCAGUGCAGGGAGAAGCUUAUUGAGCAACAGCGGCAGUUGGAAAUAGAAAACGAACGCGCCUUAUCAGAUCUCCACGAUCAACUUCAAGCGAACCUUGCAAAAGAAAGGUCGCGUAUGAUAGAGGAGAACAGAAAUACAAUAGAGUCCCUUAGAGAAGAGCACACGGCUAGAAUCAAUGAUUUAAGACACGAUUAUAGAGCCGAGGUGGAGCGGCUCCGCACCCAACACGCGUGUCACCUAGAAGAAGUGCGGUCCCGCCUCGCGAGCGAGCGCGCCGCCUCCGGCCGCCUGCACGACGAGCGCGCGCUGCAGGAUAAAUACAAGUGUCUCAAGGAGAAAUACGUCCGGCUGAAGCAUGACGUCAAGAUGUCGAUAGAACGCCGAAAUAAAAGAAGAGAAAUGAGUAUGACUACGGGCUCCGAAACUGAAAAAUCUAAUUCACACAAAGCUAACCAAUCAUUAGAGAGAUGUAAAGAGGUGAACGAAGUGUCGGUGACCGCAGUCGUGGAACCUUUGCCGCUUCGUGUGAACAACAACCCGACCGUCAAGUACAAUGACAACGAAACUUCGUACUCGGAGAGCAACGCUCACAAACCCUUUGAUAACAAUAACGAUGAAUGGAAACUGAGUAGGGAUAAUACCUUGCCAUCAGCCGACACGUCGCAAGCUUCAGCAAUAAAGCAACAACGGCCGCACAGACGGACCGCCGUCGCGUUCAAGGAACCGCCGCGGAGACGCCGCGACAGGGACAAUGAUGCCGGUGCUGCUACAGAUUGCCAAGAUUCCUCAGACGCUACCACUGCUGAUGAAAAACCAAAAGAAAGUGUUAAUGGCCAUGGUCGACGUAGAUGUUUUACAAGAUUAAAAUCUGCUUCGACGUCGCGGUUGAAUUAUUCACCCAAACGCGGCGAAGGAUGGUCAAGUCCGCUAGAGUCACUUCGGCAGCAGUUACGCAAACUGGACGAUUUAGAAGACCAGUUCCCUGACCUGGCGUGCCAGCCAUCUUACAGUUUGCGGUAUCCUUUCGCUGAAUUAGGGGCGAUGGGCGUGGCGGCGGCGGACACGGCGGAGCUGGAGUUCGUGCGGCACCGCGCGCUCGUGGAGCGAGAGGGCAUGCGCCGCGCGCGCGCCGCGCUCAAGCGCCGCAGCGACGCGCUGCGCGACACGCACCACGCCGCGCACCCGCCCCGCGCGCCCUCCGAAGAACGUGAAGUCACAGAGUUAGAGGUAGCGCUACACCGAGCACGGGCGUUGCUCGGCGAGAAAGAAAUUCGGUUGCGACACAUCGAGCGAGCUCUUAGACGACUUGCCGACACACAUCCACCUCCACUCAUACAGGUUUCUGAAGGAUACCCGACUCUGCUCGCCUGUUUAUAUAGCUCAAUUUUGGAGGUGACCGCGAGCGAGGCGUCGUCGGGCAGCUCGGGGGGCUCGGGGGCGGGCUCGGGCGGCGCGGCGGGGGAGGCGGGGGGCGCGGUGCUGCGCUCUCUGCGCGCGCUGCACGCCGACGUGCGCGACAUCUGGCGCGCACUGGACGCGCGCCGCCCGCACACCGCUUCCCCGGAAACCAGUUCGUGUAACGCAGCAACCACAUCACAAACUCGAAUGACCAUAUCGGCUCCCGAUCCAGUAGUUCAAGACAACUCAGACGGUGGAGUGGCGGAAAGGGCUCGCGGUCUCAGAGCCUGGCUACAAACAGCACCGUAA